GUUUGUGUACGACUGUCUGUUAGACGUUCGCUUAAUUAAUUUAUAAACCUCACCUUUGUUGUUUAAACUUGUUUUAUAUGAUCCACGUGCUAAUAGCAUUUAUUUAAUUAUUUAUUUACAAAUGAUGUAACCGUAUUUGCAUGUAAGUGUGCGGAGGAAGGGACUGUAUGAACUCUGUUAUUAUUAUGUUCUCUGCAUACGCUAUAAAUAUAUCAGAUUUGAUCAGCAGGUGCAUGCUAACAAUCUUCUCUGUUGCAUAUUAAGGUGCCAUUUGGUGGCAAACGACAUGUAGCAAAGUCGCGUCGCCACACUGAGUUUCUAAGUUUUUGUAUGUCUAUGGGAUUCAUUUUUGCGGCAUGCCACAUCGUAGGAAUCGGUAGUGAAGAAACGACACGUCGUCUUCUGCGGCAACCUCAUGGCGUACGUCGCCAAUUUACACCCUUAGAGUGAAGCUGAGAAUAUUGUCACUCAAGAAGUAAAUAGUGAAGCCGCCACGUAAUUAAUGAGUGGCACAACGCGCUUUAUGUGCCACCGAGAUAUUAGCGUGAUAAUUAUAUUGAUUACAAGUUUUAUACAUACAAAUAUUACAGUCGGCGUCGACCAUACGAAUCAUGACAGCACACACGCGUGCCUUGACUGCUAAAUCGCUAAUUUACCGUACACACUAAAGUGCAACAGUUUGAAAUAGUCAAACCAUUCUCUUAUCUACUAAAUAGUCUGAAAAUUACUUCUUAUUCCUAUGCAAUAGAAGUUAGCGGCGGUGCGGUGUAUAUGUGGGGACAUAUCAACUCAUAGGUGUCGCUUUAGCCCGAUUUACUUAAUUUUAUUUUAGAUAUGAAAUGGAUCAUUUAUCAACAUUUCAUGUUAAACACACGACACCCUGCUCGAAUAAUUUAAGUGUGUAAAAAAAACAUUCACAAUCUUUGUGAAACCAUCAAAUUCCUGAAAUUAUGGAACUCGGAACAGGAAAAUAGUUCUGAUUCUUGGGCAGACAGACAGAUAGGAACAUCAAACAUACAACACUUCUUUACCACUUUGUUUAUCAACAGUCACAAACAAAUAUGCAAUGGUCGAAGUAUGCAAGUAAUAAUAACAAAGAUUAUGGUAAUCAAAUCAUACAUCAUCUUGCUAAAAAACAGUCGGUUCAGCGGAUAACCUGAUCUGUACAUAAGUAGAUACAUAACAUAGGCAUGCCGCUCCGUUUAUCCUUAUUUAUAUACUAACACAUAGUUCACAGAUAAAAUAUCUUAUUUGUGAGUAAACCUCGAUGCGGUAUGGAAGUGGACUUUGUUAUUUUAUUAUUUCACGUUUCACACUUAAGUGUUUGUCUGGUGAUAGACUGUGAUACUAGAGAUAGUUGGAGCCUGUUAGAGACUAGUGACAGUUAGAGCCUGCUUGUUAGAGACUAGAGCCCGUGUGAGUUUUCAGUGUCAGUGCUAAAUGGCGAAUAUACUGCGGGAGUGGAACUACUUUCAGCAAUUUAUGCAAAUGCGAAAAAAGGAGAAGUGCCAGCGGUGGUCGUUCUCACCUAUGGAGGCGAUCAUCAUCACGGACCCGUCGUUCGGUCCCGGCGUAGACGACAUGUACCGCCCCGCCGCCGCCGCCGCGCCGCCGCCCGACCGCCCCUACGUGCGCAUACUGGAGCAGCCCGCCAGCAAGGCGCUCAGGUUCCGCUACGAGUGCGAGGGUCGGUCGGCGGGCUCCAUCCCGGGCGCCAGCAGCACCCCGGAGAAGAAGACGUUCCCGGCCAUCGAGAUAUGCGGGCACAAGGGCCGCGCCAUCGUGGUGGUGUCGUGUGUGACCAAGGAUGCGCCGCACAGACCGCACCCCCACAACCUAGUCGGCCGGGAACUCUGCAAGAAGGGCGUGUGCACAAUGAACGCGCCCGCCGACUCCGCCGUGGUGACCUUCACCAACCUGGGCAUCCAGUGCGUGAAGCGGAGAGACAUCGAGGACGCCCUCGCUGUGAGAGAGGAGAUGCGCGUCGACCCCUUCAAGACCGGGUUCAGCCACAAGAACUCCCCACAGAGCAUCGACCUGAACGCAGUCCGACUGUGCUUCCAAGUGUUUCUACCCGACGAGCGAUCCGGCAAGAUCCGCCACGCGUUGCCGCCGGUCGUCUCCGAUGUGAUCUAUGACAAGAAGGCCAUGAGUGACCUGGUGAUUACGAGGCUGAGCCAUUGUUCUGCGCCCGCGCAGGGCGGCAAGCAAGUUAUAUUGCUGUGUGAGAAGGUGGCUCGCGAAGACAUAACCGUAACCUUCUUCGAGAAGUCCGGCGAGCGCGUGACGUGGCAGGCGGACGCGGCGGACGUGUUCGUGCACAAGCAGGUCGCCAUCUGCUUCACCACGCCGCCCUACCGCGACCCGCACGUGCAGGACCAUGUGCAGGCGUACAUCCAGCUGCGUCGUCCGACGGACAACGCUACCAGCGAGCCUCUGCCCUUCGAGCUGCUCCCGUCCAGCGCAGGUACAGUCCGCCGCAAGCCGCCGCCGGACCUCUCGCUGCUGACGCUACUCCUGCAGGACCCCAAGCGGGACCCCAACAACAACCAGCACACCGACUCCGUCGUCAGCUCAACAAGUGACACCACUGAGGAGCUGGCCAACGGCAUGGACGUCACAGAGACGAUCGUCGUUGAGGAUAACAACGCUAAGAGUCUCAACGAGUUGCUAGAUCAGGUGGCGGAGCUAGAUGAGAUUUAUUCGGAGAAUAGGACGCGGUUAGAGACGGUGUCGCAGCUACAGCAUAGUACCGACACGGAGAUGGAGGACUUUAACGAUGCCGGCACGUAUAGUAGUCUACAACUCGCGUUUAAGAACCCGGUGGAGAUAGCGGAGCCUGAACCGAUGGCGUAUGAACCCGUACACACGUUCCGUUCGCCAGUUAUUGAGUUCUCUCCGCUAAAGCGAGAUGAUGACGACGACGAGCCCGCGCCGCCGCUGCCGCCCAAGCGACGCAAGACUCCCUCCGUAGACGGGUUCAAAACCAGUCAGACGUCAGUCGACAGCAUCCUCAAGCCGGGUCGCUCCAUCCCCAUCACUCGGCAGGUGGACCGCUCGGAGCUGUCAGUAGCCCGCAGCGAGCCCGCGCUGCCGGCGCUGCCUAAGAAACGGUCCUUCCUUUCCCGCCUGUUCCGUCGUAAAGACAAGUCCCCGGCGCCCAGCGUCAAAUCUGAGGGCAAGCGGGAGAAGAAGAGCAAAUCUGUCGGUCGCUCCGUGAGCAGUGUUUCUGGCAUCCGCCCGUCUAAGCUAAAGACAUCUGUGUCUCACGCGUCUUUAAAAGACGGGACGGCAUCGGCAGCCAACCUUAGCUAUGCUGACUCUAUUACUCAUAUUUCCCUCCACGCCGAUGAUAAUGAGAAGUCCCCUGUUCUAUCAUCUAAUGCUAAUCUUCCUGGCAUGCCGCCGACAGAUGGCGCCACUAUAUUAGUAGCUGAAAGCGUGUUGGCUCUAGACGCUACGGCGUUCAAGAAGCUACAGGAUGAUCUAGAUCUGACGGACGCAGAGCACUAUGCCCUGUAUAUGGCCGUGGCCCCACACGCCACUGCCUCGGAGUUUGACGAGACGAGUUGCUACUACUCGCCGGUAGAUGGCAGCAAGUUUCACAAUUAAUCUGUUGGCUCCCAAAUUGGAUAUCAAAUUGAUUUUCGAAGAAGGAGUUCGGUCGAUUAAAUGGUGUCCUAACGUGUUUUACGAAAUUGCUUGCGAAAUGAGUUAGAUAUUUCCAAAGUGUGGAAACUCAGAAAGCAUCGCGAUGCAGCUCCGCCCUUGUCUGCCAAAUUUUGCAACUUUUAUAUUUCGUUUUAGACUUAAGAUGCAUGUUGAUGUGCGAAAUACAGCUACCGAGAUUCUUGCCUCUGUAACAAAACUAGUCUAAUUUAUUCUAGUCCUAGAUGAUGGGAAUGUAAUUUUUGUGUGACGUUAUGUUUAAUGUUUAUUUUGUAUG